UUCCUAGCAGAGCCACCCGGCCGGUCUGCACUAGACAGCAGGCUUCAAGCUGGACCAGGGUUUGCACCAAGUCCAGGUUGGGCUGGGGCAUCCGGGAAGCGGAGGGAGCCGGUCUAGGAACCCCCAAGUGUGAGCGGUGGAGAGGCUGGUGGGCAAGGCUCAGCCUCAGAUGGGAGGGGAGGCCAGAGCCUAGCUGCUAGUAUGCAGUGUGUGUCCUGCCUGCAGUCUGGCUCAGGUCUGCUAAUGCUCUGCCUCCACCCUGGCACUGAGGCUGGGAGUUAGCGAACUCCCUCACCUGUCGGAACCCGGAUCUGGCCGCGGGAAGGGCCUGGCAGCCAGUGCCUGCUGGUUACAGCAAGCUUGGCAAGUGGCCCUGCCUGCACUAGGGCGCCACCGCCAAAGGGGCAGGUGUGAGGCUGCUCCGCGCCCUACCUAGCCUCUUAGUCGUUCUCCUUUUUCCCCAGGCGCCAUAGGCUUGGGGAAGGCCUAGGGGCAACUCCCGCAGAAUCUAGGGCUGUAGGUUCGAUACGCCCCGCCUCCUCCUACCACUUGGAGCCAUCAGUGCUGGUCGAAUCUUCUAUUCGGCCAGAGUCUACCGUAACUGCAGAGAUUUUCGGAACUUUGCAGAGAGAGGCUAGCUGGUCCGUUGUCUGCAAGCCACGCCACGCCUGCUACUAGCCUGCGACACUCCCAGACCCGGAGAGACUACUAUCCCAACAGCACCGACGCCCCAACUUCUGAUUCGCCGUCUGAGCUGCCUAACUGUCUGCCCAGCUACAGAUCCCGGGGGCGCGCAUCUUCUGAAGACAGCGCGGCUCACACAGCCCAGCUCACUCUUCUCUCCUGCACGAGCCCGGGGCUGGGUGCCAGAUCCCGGACCGCACGAGCGCUCGGGUGGAACUGCCUUCGAGAAAGGUUAAGCCCGGGAGGCGCUCCGGGUCUGUUACUUCAAACCGUAGUAGGUUCAGCUGUUUCCUCUCCAAACCCCGCGCCUGGCGCGGAUAAUCCGCGCGGCCCGGCGGUAAACGCGGGGUUCCUGUCGCCCCGUCGGAGCGGCAAACCAUGGCCGGCUGCUGCUGUCUGUCUGCAGAGGAGAAAGAGUCGCAGCGCAUCAGCGCGGAGAUCGAACGACAGCUUCGCCGCGACAAGAAGGACGCACGCCGUGAGCUCAAGCUGCUGCUGCUGGGAACUGGUGAAAGUGGGAAAAGCACCUUUAUCAAGCAGAUGAGGAUAAUCCAUGGGUCUGGCUACAGUGAUGAAGAUAGAAAGGGCUUCACGAAGCUGGUUUACCAAAACAUAUUCACCGCAAUGCAAGCCAUGAUCAGAGCAAUGGACACCCUGAGGAUACAAUAUGUGUGUGAGCAGAAUAAGGAAAAUGCCCAGAUCAUCAGGGAAGUGGAAGUAGACAAAGUCUCUGCACUCUCCAGGGACCAGGUGGCAGCCAUCAAGCAGCUGUGGCUGGAUCCAGGCAUCCAGGAAUGUUACGACAGGAGGAGGGAGUACCAGCUGUCGGACUCUGCUAAGUAUUACCUGACUGACAUUGACCGAAUUGCCAUGCCCUCUUUCGUGCCAACGCAACAAGAUGUGCUUCGUGUUCGAGUGCCCACCACUGGCAUCAUAGAGUAUCCAUUUGACUUGGAAAACAUAAUCUUCCGGAUGGUAGAUGUUGGUGGUCAGCGAUCUGAACGACGGAAAUGGAUUCACUGCUUCGAGAGCGUCACCUCCAUCAUUUUUUUGGUUGCUCUGAGUGAAUAUGACCAGGUUCUGGCUGAGUGUGACAAUGAGAACCGGAUGGAAGAGAGUAAAGCCUUGUUUAAAACCAUCAUCACCUACCCCUGGUUUCUGAACUCAUCUGUGAUUUUAUUCUUAAACAAGAAAGAUCUUUUGGAAGAGAAAAUCAUGUACUCUCAUCUAAUUAGCUAUUUCCCAGAAUACACAGGUUGACUCUGCAAACUUGGAGGGGCUCAGCAAGAGAAAGCUUGUACCUUACCUUGAAGAAGGUCAUCUUGGGGAUGCACAACUACAACACUUUGUGAUGUGUCAUCUUUUGAUUCAGUUUACAUUUAGCAGAAAAAGCAUUCUGGAGGUUGCCACCAAUAACAAUCAGUGUGUUCUCUGAAAUCAGAUGGUAACACUAGCAGGAUUUGGGCAGCACAAAUGCAGCUACAAUCUGGCAAGCUGUUCAUUCCAGCUUUCACAGCAAAGCAAAAGGCUUAACAAGUCUGCAGAUUAAACACCCAGUGACCAAACAGACUCUUAGAUUUCAACACCAGUUUAUAACAAGUUGGUAACAUUACAAUACAGAUUGAACACUGUGUUAUUCAAUAACUGAUUGAGACAUUCUGUUUCACUUUAAAUAGUCCAUUAAUAGUAAAGAGCAAAGAUGUUGAACAAAAACCAAAGGGGGGAAAACCUGUAACCUUAUUUUUUUACUAUGAUGGAGUUCAGAAUUUUUGUAGUGAUGAGCCUAUAUUUUUAAGUGUUUAUCACCUGAAUAACUACAGAGUAGGCAAACCUGAAAUUCUUAAUCCAAAGCAAUAGGAUAGAUUACUGGUUAGAUCUUAGGGUUUGCACUUUAACUCAUGAGAGGAGCUCUUUACUCUAGGGUAUAGUUUAUUAUAGCUAAUAUUAGAAAGGUUUUCUUUUUUUAUAUUUUUAAAUUCCUGUUACCAGUAAACAGAAGGUAAGGACUAUUAAGGCUUUAAAUUUUUACUUUGAAAACAAGCGUCCAUUAACACCACAAACUGGAUAAAUCCAUGACGUUUCCCUGAGGAAGUAUUUCCAAGGCUCUAAAGACCUGGAGGGACUUUACCUUUUUGGAUAUAUACUUAGUUUUUAAAGUCCCUAAGUCUGUGAUACAAGGGGUAUUAUGUCCAAUCUCAAAAAAGAUUGUUUUUCACAGUUAUACUAUACAUUUUAGUAUUUUUGAAAUCAAAUCAUUUUUUGAAAAAUAAGAAAAAUACCAAUUUUUUUUGUAAAAAGAAAUUCAUGAUUCUGAAGAAAUUACCAAGGUUUUUUGUGUCGCUACUGAGGCAGUGCUUAAUCUGAUCAUUUCCCACCAAUCAGGGAGACGAAGUAAGCAUGAGAGAAGUUUACAAUAUUAACUGAGAAACUAUACUUUGUUUGACAGGGAUACUGUGAGCAAGCUCUCUAUCACUACUGAGAAUACCCCGAGUAAACCCUUCUUUUAAAAAAUUAUUAAGAAUCAUAACCAGAUGCAUGAUUCAGAUUAGAAAACUGAAUGAACCGUCUAGUAGUUUAAUCACAUAGGUGUUUACCCAAUUGACUGUUUUUGUUUUUUUUUAAGCAUUUAAAAGCAUGCCCUCCCUGAAAUGACUCCUAUUCUCCACAGGGGUUAGAAGGUACAUUAUGGGAACUGUAAUAACGGCUUGCUGUGCCUCCAGGCAGCGUUCCCUCCUCAUAGGCUUGGAGAUGGUUCUCUUGCUUCUUCCAGCUUUGUAAGGAUCCACUGUUGGGGAGAAAUAGAGCAAUGCUUAAUAGUUUCAAUGAACUAGUGGUUAAACAAAACAGAAUGAAUGGAAAUCUAAAAGCCAACAUUAGACAUAAACUGAUAGCCAAUAGUUAGCCUAUAUAUGGUACAAGAGAACACUGACAUAGCCCAGAUGUCAGAGGAAUAGUAUUUCUCUAAGGUCUUUGGAAUUAGAAUUACAUUUUGGGAAUUAAAGGUUCCUCUUGAGAAUAAGAAAAUUACAAUGAACUAUUCUGCCAGAAAACUCAGUUUUGCAAAACUCUUUCCAUCUUGUACCAGUUCUACAUAUAGGAAUUCAGUUUGAGUAGGAACAAUUACAAUUUUGUAGUUGGUAGUAACAUAGUAUAUGUUUGAGCAGUUUUGUUCCUCUCAUGAUCAUUUUUUAUGCUGAAAGAACUAGAAAUUAUUAAAAUGAAACGAAUAUAAACCUUUCUAUCAACAAAGUCCAUGAUUGUGGGAUCGGUCUGAUGAAUGAAAGCUGUGGUAUAGUUGUGUACCAUUUCCAAAAGAUUUAGACCGUAGCUAAAUGAGAUGCUUUGGUGACUGUCUCCUCACAGACACACCAAUCUGAACAGCUACUCAUGUAUCAAACUGAGCUAAGGAAAUCAAGUGAGACCACAUCCUGCUUACUGAGUUCUCAGAACAAAAAGACAUCUAAGAAGGAAGGUAAGAGUUGUCCAUAAAACACUGUAACUCAACCUCAAGCAAAUAAGCAUGGAAAGAUGCUCCCACCCCCAGAGGCAAGACAGUCGAUUAACCACAGGUCUUAGACUUGAAACCCAGCCAUGCCAUGCCUGAGUGAAACCACAACCAACUUCAAUGGAACUAAGCUAAUUACCACCCUCCUAACUCUAGGCAGCAGAGCACAAAGCAAGAUAUCAUCUUCUGGGGAACAGGGCAAGGCCAUGACAGAGUUAAACUCAGGUUCUACAUGGGCUGCAUUAAGACCUCACCUAUGAAUAAUGAUUGACUAGAUUAAGAACCCACACAACCCCAAACCCAAACCUAUUAUGCAAUUUAUAAGAAAUGCAUUUAUCUCUAAGGACAAAUAUAAGCUAAAAGUGAAAGGACUUAAUAAGCUAUUCCAUGCAAAUGGAAUGCAGAAGAAAUCAGGAGUAAUCAUACUUAUAGAAAACCAACUUUAGAACAAAAGUUGUAGAAAGAGUAAAAUUUGAUCCGAAGUAACAUAGUCACAGAGAAUAAACCAUUUCACAGUGCUUUAAGAAACUAGAAAAACAACAAAACAAACUCAAAAUUAAAUGUCAGGGAGACAAAUAAACCAAUGAAAUUGUAACUCUUUGAAAACAUAAACAAAUGAGACAAAGCUCUUGGUUGGAAUAAAAAGACUCAGAACCAGAAAUGACAUUACAAAAUGAUACCAGAGAAAUAAAGAUCAUCAUAUUAUUAUGAAUAGCUAUGUGCCAAAAUAUUGGUAAUGAACAAAUUCUAGAUGCAUGCACCUUACCAAAACUGAAACACACACAUACACAGUAAAAAAAAAAACUUAAUGAAACUGAAGCAGUAAUAAAGUCUAUCCUCAAAGAAAAGCCCAGUUAGCAUAUUCUGUCUCUUAGUUCCUGGAAGAAACAUUUCAGUGCUUUAUUCCCGUUUUGUGGUAAUUCAUUCCCCCUUCCUAUGAUUAUGCCAAUGUCACCUUUAAUCACACUACCUUGAUAGAAAUUUCAUAGCAUACGCUAACUGGUUCAAGGUAUACAUAGGAGGGAAGCAAUUAGUGUCUAGAUGUGACAAGUGAACUGGUAUGAUGGGAGAGAUUCCUUAUGUAUGCUGUGAAUAUGUUUCUCUUAUUGGUUGAUGAAUAAAUGCUGGUUGGCUAGUAGCCAGGCAGGAAGUACAGGUGGGGCUAUCAGACUAGGAGAAUUCUGGGAAGAAGAAAGACAGUGAAGCAGUCACCAGAGGGAGCCCCAAGUAGCCGCCAAAGGAGCAUUGCAGGAGGCCACAGCCUCAAGAUAAUACAUAGGUUAAUAAUUAAGAGAGAGCUAGCCAAUAAGAAGCUUGAGCCACCAUCCAAACAACUUAUAAUCAAUAUAAGUCUCUCUGUGUUUAUUCCGUGGCUGUGGGACCAAGCAGGACAGAAACCUCUGUCCACAAUGGUAUCAAGUAAUAUUUGAUGGGCAAUGUAGUAAGAAGGCAGAGGUACAGGGAUGAAGUUGAAAGGUCCAGUGCUCUUAAAAUGAGUUACCCCAAACAGUAGUACAAUGCUCCAUCAAGAACAGCAUCUUGGCUAUGAUUAAUGUGAUGUAAGUUCAUAUGAUUCAUUUUCUUGUAAUUGCCAUGAUCCCAAAAGCAUGUUCACUGCUCUCCAUUCCCAUUUCAAAGAAACUGGGUUAACUGACUUCCCACAAAGUUCUACUAGUGAGCAAGAGAGGAAAUAUUGAAACCUGCCUUUUCUGACUACAGCCUUGGUUUCAUACUUGUUUUGUUACACCAUUGUAACUGUGUAGUAAAGAAGUUAGCAAUGCGGAGUUAAUCUGUCCACUCCAGCAGAGAAAGUAUAAUACUAGAACACAAUGAUUAUUGGUGUUUGCUGAAAACAUGCCAAAACCUGUAAUUUCAGCUCUUAAAGAGACGGAGGCAGGAAAACAGUAGGUUCUAGGAUAUCCUGGACUAUAUAGUGAGACCCUGUCUCAAAAAAAAAAAAAAGAGCAAUUUUAUUUGAAAAGCCAGAGUGUUGAAUAUAUUGAAAAAUAUUUGAAGAAAAGAUCAUUAAUUAUAUGUACUAAAGCUGUUAAAAACAAACACCCUAAAAAAAUUUACCUGCCGCAAAACAUGGCUUCAAAGUGAGAUGUUUCUAUGUGGUUUAAAUAAAGAUCAAUUAUAUUUA